AUGAUUGCAAACAUCUUUCCAGUNAAGAGGAACACCGGGAAGACCGGGAAUCCCUGGAUUACCAGAGAUGGUCUCCCGGGACCUAAAGGACCGCCCGGUGUGUCUGGUAUUCAAGGUUUGCCGGGUUUGAGCGGUCGGUCCAGUGCUAAGGGCGCUAAAGGAGAGCGCGGAGAUCAAGGCUUAAGAGGAAUCGAUGGCUAUGAGGGUUCGCCAGGUCUGGUAGGACUUCCCGGAUCUAAGGGACAAAUGGGAGAAAUAGGAAUUGCAUUAUUAGCACAACCCGGUUAUGACGGAGAACUGGGACAAAAAGGCAAUCCCGGUCUCCCCGGCCUUCCGGGUCUGAAAGGCCUGAUGGGAGAGAUGGGAAUACCAGGACUUUCGGGUGAAACGGGUGAAAGUGGUGACAAUGGUUUGCACGGAAUCAAUGGAUUGGACGGUCGGCCCGGGUUUAGAGGAGAUAAUGGAUUGACUGGUUUACCCGGUUUCGUUGGUAUGAGAGGAGAGACAGGUUUUGUAGGUUUGCCGGGACUGUCGGGAGGCAAAGGCGACCCCGGCUUUUACGGAAUACCUGGUAUUGUGGGCGCAAAAGGAGAACGAGGAGUACCAGGUGUGCCGUCUUGGGAGGGCAGUAGAGGCGAUGCGGGCGAUGCAGGUCUGCCCGGGAUCUCUGGUUUGCCCGGACAAAGGGGUGACGACGGUUACUCUGGUCAGCCGGGAUUUGUGGGUCCAAUUGGCGAUCGAGGAGAACCCGGAAGACCGGGUUAUUCGGGCAGAGAUGGAUGGCCCGGACAAAAGGGACUGCCAGGUGAUCCAGGUCUAGACGGAAUUCCUGGUUUACCCGGCUUUCCGGGACAUUUACACGCCGGUAAUAUAGGAGAGCGCGGAGACGUUGGUUUUGAUGGGUUCCCCGGCAUGAAAGGUGAUUAUGGUGAUUUUGGUCUUCCGGGAUAUCCCGGAACCAAAGGUGACAGAGGAGACAACGGAUUGUCAGGAUUGCCAGGAAUUGAUGGAAUUCCAGGAUUAGCCGGAGACGCCGGACUAAAGGGAGAUUCGCCAGAAUUGGGUCAUUUAGAACUCACGAGAGGAGAACCAGGCUUACCAGGUUAUCCGGGUCCUAUGGGCGACCCUGGUUUGGACGGCUAUCCAGGCGUUGUGGGUAAUCCCGGAUACCAAGGAAAUCCUGGAAUCCCUGGCUUCCCGGGUCUUUCCGGUCUAAGUGGAGACGCCGGAUAUGACGGAAGGGAAGGAAUUCCGGGACCGGUCGGUGAUUUUGGUUCUCCGGGAGCUGAGGGAACAGUUGGCCGCAAAGCGCCUUCCAUCGGAUAUUUUUUUACGAGACACAGUCAGACAACAACUGCACCCCAAUGUCCCGAUAAAACAGACGUCUUGUGGUCCGGUUAUUCAUUGCUAUAUAUUAUG